AUGGCGUCAGCGCGAAGACUGUCCAAAACCGAGCCCUUUCCCACGUAUACCCCCGACCAUGACGAGGCCAGCGAGAAGCCCGCCGACAGUACAAGAGAACCAGGUCGACGACCCUCGAUCACCUCCCGCCUCUCCAAAACUCCACCAUCGCUACGGUCACGCACCCGAACAGGCUCCCUGAGCAAGUCCUUUCUCGAGAGCAAUCCUCCGCUGGGCAUGUGGCAGGCCACGGCCGAGAUUGGCUCCAAGAUCCCCACGCUACCAGAAAUUAGAAAUGGUGCCUUUGCCGACGAGGGCUGGACGCAUGAGGGCCAGAUGGAGCAUCGGGGGACGAACCCGCACGAGAUCCACGCACGAAGAGUCGCGAGAACGAGCUCUGCGAGUACGAGGACGAGGAAGAGUUCCGUUUCAGCGAAUGCGCCGGCUGUCAUUGCCGAAGAAACACAUGAAUACUUCCCAAAAAGAUCACCAGUGAUGGUGCAGGCGACACCACUGGUCGAGGAGGGAUCUUCGAUACAUCCGUCUGAACCUCCCCAUGCUGCAGCAGAAGAGAUUGGCCGACUCGAUGGCUCCGAGAAGACAGAUUCAAGUUCGCGGCGAGACGAGUCUGUACCACCUUCCAUCGCAACCAGCGUGACUGGCCCGCAAGUAGUACCCGUCGCAAGUGGCCCCGACGAGACAGGCACGUACCCGAACGGCUACCGCUUCCCCAAGAAACACACUUGGACGCAAUCCAUCAACAUCGGCCUCAAAGCGUACUGGAAAUUCCUCAAGACGCCGUUCGGCGUUGUCGUCACCAUCUACGGCCUCAACGUGGUCGGCUGGGGCGCCAUGAUCUUCUUCGUCCUCCUCAACGCCGCACCCGCCAUGUGCCACCCCACUUGUGAAGCCGACAGUAGUGCCCGGCAGAAGUGGAUCGAAAUUGACUCGCAGGUUCUGAACGGUCUCUUCUGCGUGACGGCCUUUGGCUUACUGCCCUGGCGAGGCCGAGAUUUCUACUACCUCAUGCGCUGGCGCAUGGGAGGAAAUCAAGUCUAUCACCGCAAACUCGCAGGCAUCUAUCGAGCUUGGUACCGUCUCCCCGGCUCGGAUCAACUCGAAGAGCACGUCGGCCCGCCCCCAGCACAACCUAAGAAAAAGCAACGAGAAACCACAACGGCUGAAGCUCCACCACCAUAUACACCCGAAGAGAUCGCCAAACUCGAAGAGAACCCCGCGGUCCCUUUGCCCGCCACAUCGAUGCCCGAGCCGCCCCUGACGGGGAUACGAGCUCCGUCGACUCGAUCGUGGACCCUCGACGCCGUCAUCUGGCUGUACAUGUGGAACACGAUCUUCCAGGUCCUCCUCUGCGUGUGGAUGUGGAACUGGAACCGCUUCGAUCGACCCACAUGGGGCACCGGCGUGUGGAUCACUUUGGGAUGUUUGGUCGCCAUCUUCGCGGGCCUCGUGGCGUUUCGGGAGGGUGUGCGCGUCAAGAAAAUCGAGGGCAUCCCCGUGCAGGAGUACGACGUGCUGGAGAGUGUGGAGGACUAUCAGGAGAGGAAGGCCAAGGAGGAUGCCAAGGAGGCGAAGAAGUUGGACAAGCACGAGCACCAUCGGCAUUUCAGGCACGGCGGGGCUCAAAAGGUCGUGCAUUCCGAAAAGUUGAAGGGGCAUGAAUGGUUCACGCGCCAUUAG